GACCAAAGUGCUCGGCCUCUUCCUGCCUCACGAUCAGCUCAGGAAGUCGAGGCUUAAACAGAGGGGAGGGCUGACACACAGGAACAUAUUUUCCCCUUUGCCUUGUAGUUUUUCCUUAUUCAGUCCUGCUCCGAUCAACAGGACGAAGAAUAAACGGGGCAAAGAGGAGGCGGGGUUUUCGAUGGAGCUGAGAGCGAAGGAGCAGUCGAACAGUCAGUCUGUGGAGAUAUGAUGGAGGCCAGCGUUGCUCCCCAGGACGUGGGCCCACUGACGGGACCACUCGACCCUCCCUCCGUCCCCUCUUCCUCUGCCCUCUCGCAACCCUCGCUGCCCCCCCACCCUCCAACCCGGCCGUGUCGGCCUAAACCUCCACUUUCUGCAGUCAAGAACUCCCCUCUCCCCUCUCGUCCUCCUCUACCUCCAUCCACCCCUCCAUCCCUCCCUCCUCCUCUCCCUCCCGUCCACGCACCUCCUCCCUCUCUCCCCUCCAACCCUCCUCCCCCAUCGUUGCCUCCCCCUCUCUCUCCUUCUCCCAUCUCCACUCCUCCUCCUCCCCUGCUGUCUCUCUCGUCUGCUGUCUCGUCUGAUCCGACACCCUCUUUUUCUCCUUCCCCUCUUCCCCCUCCAUUAUCUCUUACAGUCUCAUCCUCCUCUUCUUCCUCACCCCCUCCUCCCCCUGUUUUCCCACCAUCCUCACCAACCCCUCUGGUGCUGAGCGCAGUGGAUCAGCUGGUGGGGAGCACCUCUGUGUGGCAGCCCAAAGGACUCAGCCAAGAGCAAAGCACCAGCAUACUGGAGAAGGAGAGAGCCGGAGCCUUCUUGAUGCACGCCACAGAGGACGGAGCCGCCGUGACCAUAUCAGUACGGCUGCCCGAUGAGCAGGGGGCGCCGCUCCUACGCAACCUGAAGAUCAAACAACACAAGACGUUCAUCCACUUAGAGGGCUCCUCUCUCGUUUUUGAUGACAUCUUUAAGCUCGUCUCCUUCUACUGUGCCAGCAGGGAUGUCCUGACUGUCCCACUGAGGUUACCCACGGCCAUUACCACGGCAACUAAGAGAGAGGAGCUGGAGAUCGUUGCUGCUAUGGGUGCAGAUUUCUGGACGUCUGAUCUGAACCGGUCGGCUGAGAACCAGGACCCGGUUCCACAGCAGGACCACAUGUACCUGUAUGUGAACUCUGUUCCUGUGGAGGAGAGACCCAAAGAACUGAGCCCCUCCUCCUCCACCUCAAAACACGAUGUCACCACCAAUCAAAACAUCACCUCCUCCCUGCAGAACGGAGAAGCUUCACAGAAGGUCAAAGGUCAAAAUAAAACAAGCCAAGAGAUUAAAUACAAGCGGCCCCCACCCCGACCCCCCAGCCUGGGCUCAGGGUCCGGCAUAGGCCUCCUUUUCACCCCUCCUCCCGCCUCACCUCAAGCGUUGUCUUCUGCAACUCCAGAAGCUGAGAGAAAAGAGGAAGGAAGGGGAGGAGUAGCGGAGAGAGAAGAGAGGAAGUCAGCGUUAAUAUCACCUCCUCCGUCGAGGCCUCCUGUCCCCCCGCAGGGCCGAGCCGCUCCCCCUCUGCCUCCUGCUCCUCUCUGUCGCACCUCUCCUUCCAGAAAGAGCUCAGAGCGAGCGGCAGGAGAAGGGACAGAGAGAGAGAAGGGACAAAAUGCUGCAAAGAAAGCUGAGAAAGAGGAGGGAGGAGAGAGAGAGGAGAAAAUAAAAAGUAAAUCAGGUCUGCUGUUUGAGCACGAGAGCAGUGGCCAGCAGCUGGAGGAGGAGGAGGCAAGCAAGGAGGGAGAAAGAAGAGGCAAGGAGGAGGAGAAGGAGGACAAACUGAAAAGCAGCCCCCAGUGCUUGCUGCUGGGAAAGAAACCAUCCCGCCCAGUACCUCCACCGAGGAGGAAACCAGCCAUCCCAGACUUGGCCCCGUGCCCCAGCCAGGCCGGAGGAGCCAAUCAGAGCACUGGGAUUAAAGUGCCCCCUCCAUCUCCAGCACGGCGGCCCGAUGUGUCGCUGUACUCACCACAGGGGGGCGCUAUCGUAGGAAUGAACCCUGAUUCCAGCUCCACCAGCAGCGCAGAGGAAGACGGAGAGCCGAACCAGGACCUGGAGCAAAAUCACAACCGCCUUGUAGAGAGUCGCAGCUCCAAAGCACCCAUGAGAAGAACCUCCACCACAGUAAUGUUGGACCGGGCUCGCUACCGCCUGUCCACCGUCCUCACCGGACUCAUCAGCCACGAGCGUCGUCUCACGCAGCGCAUCGUAGAGCUCGCCAGGGACCCUUUCAGCUACUUUGGCAAUCUGGUGAAAGAGCACCGCGCGUUCACCUUGGAGACGAUGUCGAGCCACUCGUCCUCCACAGAGAUGUUGCAGGAGAUCAGACAGAUGAUGACUCAGCUGAAGAGUUACCUGCUGCAGAGCACUGAGCUGCAGGUCAUGCUGGAGCCACAGCACCAGUACACACAGGACAAACUCGAGAGCAUAGUCGAAGCUGCUCUGUGUAAAAGUGUACUGAAGCCCCUGAAGGAGCCGAUCUACCAGAGACUGGAGCAACUGCACACCAAUGACGACAGCCUCAAGCAGCUGGCUCAGAACCAGUCUGUAGUCCUCGGCAGCACCACCACGGCAUUAGGAAUUACCACUGCUAUCCCCGAGGCUUCAGCUAUGGAGAAGAUCAGCAUUAAGCUGAACAACCUCCAUCAGGAGUACUCUCCUCAGAAGAAGAUCGAGUUGCUGCUGAAGGCCUGCAAGAUCAUCUACGACUCCAUGUCUGUCAGCUGUCCAGGGCGGGCCCACGGCGCUGAUGACUUUCUGCCUGUGAUGAUGUACGUCCUGGCCCGGUGCAAUCUGUCCGCUUUGCAGCUGGAUGUUGAAUACAUGAUGGAGCUGAUGGACCCGUCGCUAACACUGGGAGAAGGUUCCUAUUACCUGACCACCACCUAUGGGGCUGUGGAGCACAUUAAGACGUUUGACCAGCAGAGGUCAGCAACACGCCAGCUCAGCAGAGAGGUACAAGACUCCAUCCACCGCUGGGAAAGACGACGCACCUUCAACCAGGAGCGCAUGGCUCAGGGAUCAAUACGGGAUUUCCUGACGGUGUGCUGUCCUGAGAUCGGGGCCAACCCAAAAACCCUGGGCGUCCUCCCCACGACCACCAUCCAGCAGCUCUCUGAGCAGUGUGCCGCACGCUUCGAGCAAGACUCCUACACGCUCAGCGUGUACAUAAAUGGCGUCCACCACCCUGUGGCCCUCACAGAGCUCGCCCUCAGCGUGAAGAACAGCUGCCAACCGGGAGCCUACUGCUUCGUCUAUCACCCCGCCGACCAACCCGGCAACUCCGCGCCCCGCCGCACCUGCCCCACCGACCCGCCGCCGGCUCCACCCGCUGAAAGUUCGGUCCCUGCCGACAGGGUGCCCGCUGAUACAGAGGAGUCCAAGGUGGAGGAGGAGAGUCUGAUCAGCUUGUAGCUCCUCCAGCAUCACAGUGGGAACUACAUCCCCACCAUCAUCAGUGGAGAUACAAAAAGAAGGAAAGCAAAAUCCAAGCGACGUUUUCAUCUCAGGUGUAAUUUAAAAUUAAAUCUGAGUGCACGUAGAACACAGAUUUCAGCACAUGGUGAGACACGUGCAGCACGACUAAACUGAGACAAAGACUGAAUUUAAAGAGCAGGAAGGGGUCUGGAACCCCGACGACUGCAGGAGGUGUGACAGAAUGUAAACUUACAUGUAACAAGCACAUAUAUGAUCAUGUUUAUACUGUUUAUACCCUUUUGAUACACGAUGCUACUCUCUGUGUUGUUCACGCUUUUCUUUUUAAACCCUUCGAGUCGUCCUCGAGACUAACGCUAUAUUUUAGAGGCAAAGCGGAGUUUUUUGGAAAAAAAUGUGAAUCCUUUUUGACGUGUUUCUGUUAGAAUCAUUGUUUUCUUUGUUCCAUGAGUUCUAAGACUCGGAACAACUAUUUAAUUAAAAACAGAAGACAUAAUCUGAUUGGCUGGGAUGAGGGUUAACCUUUUAAUACCCACUGGAGCAGCCUGGGAUCAAACCACCACCCUUCUGAUUAGUAGGUGACCUGCUCUACAGCCACACCUGCCUUCAAUACAAAUCUGCAUAUUCAGUGUGUGGCUAAAAUAAAACCCGGCCCUGAGGCUUAAUGUCGGAUGACUCGGUGGAUGUUGAGAAGUGAUGCGACACACAAAAACUUCCAAACACCUUCCUGAAGCUGUGGAGCUCAUCUUCUCCAUACUCGCGCUGUCUGUGCUGUUAAUAAACGGGCUGUUAAAC